GGGGUGUGACUCAAACUCGCGUGGGCCGUGACACAAGUGAAUCUGGUGUGCGUGGAUGCUGACCAAAGUGACUUCGCCACAUUUUUCGGCGCUGUGAACGUCUCCAGGAGCGCAUCGGAGAGGUGUGGAAUGUCAUUAUGGAACAGAACGGCUUUCAAGAUCAGAAUAAAAAUUACACGGUGCCGGUACAGAACGACCAGAGAAACAUGUUGGGAUAUGGAUACAGUUCCAUGCUUUCCAACUUCCGUGUGGAGAAGAAGAUCGGUCGUGGUCAGUUCAGCGAGGUUUAUAAAGCCACAUGUCUACUAGAUAAUCAGCAGGUAGCACUGAAGAAAGUGCAGAUCUUUGAAAUGAUGGAUGCUAAAUCCCGUCAAGACUGCAUUAAAGAGAUUGACCUGCUAAAGCAAUUAAAUCAUCCGAAAGUCAUCAAGUAUCUGGACUCGUUUAUUGAAGACAACGAGUUGAAUAUCGUCCUGGAGUUGGCGGAUGCUGGAGACCUCUCUCAGAUGAUAAAGUAUUUUGAGAAGAAGCAAAGAUUGAUUCCAGAGAGAACGAUAUGGAAGUAUUUUGUGCAGCUCUGCAGCGCACUGGAACACAUGCACUCACGCAGAGUCAUGCAUAGAGAUAUAAAACCAUCAAAUGUCUUCAUCACGGCUACUGGAGAAGUUAAACUGGGAGACCUUGGACUGGGUCGAUUCUUUAGCUCCAAAACCACCGCCGCACACUCUCUAGUUGGCACUCCAUAUUAUAUGUCUCCUGAAAGGAUUCAUGAGAACGGUUACAAUUUCAAAUCAGACAUCUGGUCACUGGGCUGUCUGUUGUAUGAGAUGGCAGCUUUACACAGCCCCUUUUACAGCGAUAAGAUGAACCUGCUGGCGUUGUGUCAGAAGAUCGAGCAGUGUGAUUAUCCACCGCUCCCAUCAGAACACUACUCACAGAAGCUCCGAGAUCUGGUCUGUAUGUGCAUCAGUCCCGACCCUGAUCAGCGACCCGACAUCGUCUUUGUCCUGCAGUUCGCCAAACAGAUGCACCUGUGGACAUCCAGCACCUGAAAGAGACGCGUGUACAAGCAGCGAGGAGAAGCGUUGUGCAAACCUGUGACAUCUGCUCUCUCUCCAUCCAACUGAUAAAGCUAUGUUAGAUAUGUUAUAAAGAGUGAAUGUAGGUUGAAAGCUACAUUCUGUAAGCUAUAAACUGAAGAUUGCUGUAGAUUUGUAUUGAACGGAGCGCAGAUAUAAUCUGUCGUGCCUUUGAAUGUUUCGUCACAGUGCUGUUUGGAGAAAGUGGACGGGUGUUACAUUGGUCAGGUCAGAUGACCUCGGACCUCAUGAUGAAGUCACAACACGGUUCUAUUUAUACAUACUUCCUGUUAGGGUUAUAGAUUCAUAACAUUUAAAAGAGCAGUAUUUGCUUGUUUCUAAUACACACGCACAAAGUUAUUUCACAGUAAAGACAGGUAUUAUAUUUGACAUGAGUUCAGCAUCCUUGUAUUUUGGGUCAAAUGUCUAAAAGUAACUAUUCAUCCUACUCAUUUUCCCCCCAAAAAUGUUAUAUUAUCAGUCAUUCUGAAACAUUGUCAUGUCCUCAUAUGUAAAUGUUGUGUAAUUAACAAUAAAAAUAACUAUAAACAAACA